AUGGCUUCAAUCAACGUAUCAACCUCGGCACUACCUGUACCUUCUCCAAAACAACGCGCAAACAAGACCGUAUUGAUGGGCCUAGAUGAAUCCCGACAUUCCUCAGCCGCCUUGCAAUGGGUAUUUGACUACUUGUUGGUGUCCGGAGACAAGCUGGUCGUCGUCACUGUCAUUGACAAGGAAUCCGAAAGGGAAUCGACCACUUCCAGGGUCAAGACAUUGCUUCGAGCUGCUUAUGAAGCUGAAGGAAUCGCAGUCUCAAUGGGAACUCGUGUCGUUGUCUCCAACAAUGCAGGUCAAGCCAUCGCCUCUCAAGCUGAAGAAGUCAAACCUGCUUUUCUGGUACUGAGCAGUGCUGGUAAGAGUCACGUUGAAGGCCUAUUGGUUGGCAGCGUGUCCCAGUAUUGCAUCAAGAAUGUGCAAGAUUGCCCAGUCAUUAUUGCCAGGAUGACCAAGAAAGAUGAACUCACUGAUUCUGCUGGAAACGUUGGAAGCGAGCGAAAGAGUCCAUCCUGGUUCUGA